GAAAACACAAGAAGUUACAUGAAGAAGAAACAGGAAGAGCUUCAAGAAAUUAGCUGUCAUUUUUACAAAUCCAAUUGAAUUUCUCUGGAUGAUGUAGAUGAAGUCGUUCAAAUCACCUAAAACGAAAUGACAAACAGGAAAUGACAAGCACAAAUAUGCCAAACGGUGAUCGAUCAUGGGAGCAGCCCUACCUUCCAUUGGCGUAUAAUUAUCAGCUUCCCUCCUCUGGACAUCGGAUAGACAAGUCCUACCAAAUAUGUCAAACUUUGCUCAGGAAUUUGAAGACGAUGAGCAGUUCCAAAGCACCGUUGUUUCUCAGUCUUCUACCGGGAGUCCACCUCCUGCCGAAAAAGGUCGUGAUGCCUCCACUCCCUCCACCAUAUCCAAAAAGAAAAGAAAUCUUCCAGGGAAUCCAGACCCAGAUGCAGAGGUUGUAGCACUGUCACCAAGAACUCUGAUGGCAACAAAUAGAUAUGUAUGUGAGGUAUGUCACAAAGGAUUUCAGAGAGAUCAGAACCUUCAGCUCCACAGAAGGGGGCACAACUUGCCGUGGAAGCUUAAGCAAAGGACGAACACGCAGGUUAAGAAGAGGGUGUUUGUCUGUCCAGUGCCUGACUGCGUGCAUCAUGACCCAAGCCGGGCUUUAGGUGACUUAACUGGAAUCAAGAAACACUUCUGCAGGAAGCAUGGAGAAAAGAAAUGGAAGUGUGACAGGUGCUCCAAACGCUACGCUGUUCAAUCAGACUGGAAGGCUCACACCAAGAUCUGUGGGAGCCGAGAAUAUCGUUGUGAUUGUGGGACAAUCUUCUCCAGGAAGGACAGCUUUGUCACGCACAGAGCCUUCUGUGAUGCAUUGACAGAGGAGAAUCACAGGGCAAACCAGAAAAUUGCUGCCGGAGGAGGAAUGUUACAGAGCCACGCACAAGAUCUGUUCAUUUCAUCAGUGGCCAGCCCUGAUUCCUUCUCAAAUACAUACACGACGAUAAACUUGUCAAUAUCUAAUGAGAACGGUGACAGUUCACUAAAGCCACUGUCUUUGGACUCAGCUGGAGUCAUGAUAUCAGGUACUUUAGAUCCUACUUUCAACCCAAAAACAUCACGGACAUGUUUUAGCUCUGACAGCGGAUCAAAUGCCUAUCCCAUGGCAAUUGGUUCCUGUUACACAUCAGCAACAGCCCUGUUACAGAAAGCUGCAGAAAUGGGUGCUAAAACCAGCGAUAAUUCAUUUGCGCCAAUAUUACUCAGAGGAUUUAAUGGGUACUCCAUUGGCAGCAUGAACUCAUCCGGGUCUGCCCAGGAGGGUUCUUCGGUAAUUGGAGGCAAUAUAGGGCCAAUUGGUGGGAGCAACAAUGGUUCUAUUGUGGGAGAUGAAGAAACCUAUAACAAAGCCUUGGACCCAGGGGCAGGGGAUCAACUACCAAGUCAUACUGUUUCUCAGACUGGAUUGUUUCGCUCUCCUCUUUCUAUGCACUCAGAAAACGGACAUGCCGGUGAUCUGCUGUUUAAACGUGUACACAUUGGAGGAGAAAAAACGACUGUUGAUUUCUUAGGAGUGGAAUCAUCUGGGAAUUCGAGCACGGGGAAAAAAGGAAGCUACGAUGGUAAUAUGAUUGGGUUGGAAUAUCCAAAUGCAGAGCAAAGCAUGCACAAUUUGCACUCGGAAUGGUAAACUCAUUCAAGUUUAGAGUAACUUGUACUAAUAAUGUAUCUAAUUAUUUAAUUAAAGCUAUCAAAAAAAUCAAGUAAAUUAGAACGUAUAUUAUAGAGUAAAUUAGAAGCUUAUAA